AUGAAUCAAGUGGUUGGCGUCAAAAUUGGAAAUCUGACGAACCUCGUCAACAAAGCAGCAGUGAUUGAGCGGACAUUGAAGAUCAAUGCAGAGUACUUAAACCAAAAGAAGAGACGUGCCCCACAAGGAAGUCAGUAUGGGGGACAUUCUCACGACCACAACAAGAGAAGAUUCAACCCAACCGUUGGGAGAAACAUAGCCCCUCAGCAGCCUAAUCAACAUGGAAGAGGUGGUCAAUUUCUUACGUGUCAAACUUGUGGAAAGAUGCAUUCUAGGAGAUGUCGAGUAAGAAAGUUAGUUUGUUACCGAUGCGGUGAACCAGGGCAUUUCGCUAAGGAUUUCAAAGCCCCUACCAACAUCCCAACUAAUCAGAACCGCCAACAGGGACAACAGAACACUACACCUGCACGUGUAUAUGCUUUGACACCGGGAGAUACUACAGCAUCAAACGAGGCAGUGACAGGUACACUUUUGAUUGCAUCUUGCAAAUGCACUGUUCUUUUUGACUCAGGGGCAACACAUUCAUGUAGACCUAGCAGUAGCUACUCCUCUAGGGAAAAUAGUAGUGAUGAGAAUCAACAAGCACCAUUAAAGGAUCCAUUGCAUGUUCCAGUUGGGCCUAUUGCUAGAGCAAGAUCCAAGAAGAUCAAAGAAGCACUUAAUGGGCUGAUUAAAGAGAUUGGGGGUGAUUCUAAAAUGGGGCAUUCCAAGCCUGGCCCAGAGGAAGAUGAAGGCAUGAGUGGGUUUGACGUGAUCCUGGCUAUGGAUUGGUUGUCCAUGUACCAUGCUUGUGUUGAUUGUUUCUGCAAGGAAGUGGUGUUCAAAACCCCGGCAGGGGCAAAAUUCAAAAUUCAAGGGAAUCGGCGUCACAAUUUACCCAAGUUGGUAUCAGCAAUGCAGGUGACUCGGCUAUUGAAGCAAGGGUGUUCAGGGCUUUUGGCUUGUGUGACAAAAGAAGCACUCGAGGCAAAACUUGAGGAGAUACCCAUCGUGCGUGAAUUUGUAAAUGUAUUUCCUGAAGUACUACCUGGAUUACCUCCUGAUAGAGAGAUUGAAUUUACCAUAGACUUAUUACCAAGCACGGGACCUAUAUCCAAAGCACCCUACAGGAUGGUGUCACUUGAACUCAGAGAGCUAAAAGGGCAGCUGCAAGAACUCCUAGACAUAGGAUUUAUUCGUCCAAGUGUAUCCCCUUAA